AAGAGAACCUGUUCCCCCCACUCUCCUGCCACCCACAAUGUUUUUGCUUAAAUUGACAUUUACAUUUUUUUUCUUUUGCCCCACAACUGACAUCUCCUGGUAGGUUCAGUUUUGCUUAUUUAUCUGAAAGCUGGUCAGCUCUUUUGACUGACCCAGCUCUGCUUCCUCUGGUCCUCCUCCAGCAGCUGAAUGAAUUGGUGGCUCCUUCUCCUCUGGCAAGCUCUCCUUCCCACCUCAGGGGCUGUGACUGGGAGAAUUUUAGCUGCUGAGAAAAUGUCUGCAGUUGAAGGCACCUCAGCUACUUUGCAGUGCAACCUCUUAUAUACUACAGCUAAGGUCACACAGGUCAUUUGGAAGAGGUAUGACCAACUUCUUGCUAUUCGUGAUGCUGUUUAUGGAUCUUGGAUCAACCCAGUCUUCAGAAAGAAGGUAAACUUGGCCCUAGGCUAUCGCAUCACUCUCCUGUCCUUAACUGCCAAUGACACUGGCGAGUACCAUUGUGACUUUCACACCUUUCCUGAUGGGAUUUACAAAGGAAACAUUUUCCUGGAAGUCACAGAACUAAGUCUUCCAGGAGAUUCAGCAGCUGAGGCAUUGGACAACUCCCAUUCAAGGAUCUCUUUUGGAGUCCUGGUCUCCGUGAUAAUAAUCAUUGCUGCCACAGUCAUCAUGUUGGUGAUCUUGGGGGUCAAGGUAAAUGGACCUGAUUCAUGGACUAUAAUUCUGGGAGGGAUAACCCUUGCUCUUUUUCUUUGAGAUGUUUCCAUUUCAAUGAGGGAAGUCAUUCUGACCCUUGGCACACUUCAUGGAUUGGUCUAAAAUGUAUGGAAAGGACAAUCCUAGGUUCAAGGGGCCAAAAGGUGAGAUUCAACAAGGUCCAUGGAAGUCGUGGGACCUUGAUGGCCUUACCUUUUUGAGGACAUAAAAAGAGAAAAUUUCUCAGAGAAGUGAGGAGGGGAGAGGAAAAUGAUAGCUAUCUUCAAGUAUUUUGAAUGGCUAUUAUAUAGAAGAGAGUAAUCCUGUCAUACCUCAGAGGUCAGAACUAGCAGGGCUUUAAGGUGAUGAAUUAAAGAUGGAUCUCAUAGAGAGGCAGAUUUUGACACAAUAUAAAGAUGAACUUCCUAACAUUCAGAGCUGUCCAAAAGUGUAAUGAGGUGUCUUGGAAAAUAGUAAAUCCCCUACCCUUGGAUUGAAUGUGAGACUACUGUUGGGGACAUGUACACUAGGAAAUCCUACUCACAUAUAGGCUCGACUUGGUUUUUGGGAUCCUUUCCAACUCUGAGGUUCAGAGAUUCUGUGAAAGCAUUGCUAAUCAGAUCAAAGGUUAGCUAGGAAGCAGCAAGCUUCUAUCUCUUCUUUGAAGUGUUUAAGGAGCCAUGUUCAUCUUUGCCGUCUCUCUUUCCUCUCCCAGAAAGAACCACAUUGUACACCUCUCAUCUUUCCAGCCUUGCUCAAUUCUCGGUGGCUGCUCAUCCUUACACAUGCCACCUCUGAACUUGGUGAAGCUUGUCUCCUUUUCCAUGCUUCCCUCAUGUAACCAAGAGUUGUAUGGAAGCUAGAGAGAAAUGCUUAUUUAUAAAAGUACCUUUGCAGAAACUGAGUGUGUACCUUCCAAUAUUUAGCUAGCACCUUUGGUUAGAAGGGUUAUUAUUAUUAUUUUUUGGCUGGAGAUUACUUUGCAUAGUAGUACUGCCACUGUAAGUACUUAUGAUGCCACAUCUUUUCUACAUAUCCAUUUGCAUUUUGAGCAGCUGGACUUGAUCUCUUAUCCUGAAGAUUCUAAAUUUGAAAAUCUGUUAGUUUUCAAUGCAGCUAAACCCAUCCUUUGAAUUACUAUGUCUAAAACGGAUGUCGGUUGAAUAAUGGAGGACAAUCUGUUUCAAAUGUACAAGGUGUCCCAGAAGUCUCAGUGUAGCUUUAGAGUCACAACCAUAUAGUAUUUUAAGGUUUAUAAAUCAGUUUUCUUAUAACAACCCAAUGAGGUAGAUAUUAUGAUUCCAUUAUCAUUCCCAUUUUAUGAAUGAGAAAGCUGAGACUCAGAAAGUUUGAGUGACUCGCUCACUUAGUGCUAGUGUUCAAAUCCACAUCUGAUUCAAUACUGCACAACAUUGCUAGGCACGCUGCCUGAACAAAGGUAGCCACAAUUAACAAGUGCCAUCAGGAAAGUCCUGGCAGUAUUUUUUCCCCUCAAAAUAAGAAUACCUGAUCAAAUUGGUACUAAUAAAUGAAAUAUUACAUGUAAUCACAGCAUCAGCACAAUUUAUAAGGGCAUUUCUUACCAUGUUUAUGUCAAGGACAGCUCUUGAAAUCCUUGGCAGGACUGAUAAUCCAGGAAUCUGGAACCACCUGCCACUGUUCUGAAGAAUUCAUUUAUAAUGGUGGAAUGAGAGACAGUCAGUUACUGUUUAUCAUAUAGACGGUCACCUAUCCUGGUUGUGUCAAACUCAAAGAGAAAAAAGUCCACAUGUUGACUUGCUUGUCUGGAUGUUCAGGCAUGUCUGACUCUUCAUGAUCCCGUGUGCUAUACCAUGCCAAUGCUGUCCUUAGGGUUUUCUUGGCAAAGAUACUGAAGCAGCUUGCCAUUUUCUUUUCCAGUAGAUUAAC